GUUCACAGAGCAGGACGCAGCUAACAAAGCCAGCUAGGACAAACAGACAGACAACAAUACCUGCUUCACCAGACAACCGGGCAGUUACAUUAACGUCAGGGUGCCUGUUAACGCCGGAGGCCGGGUUGCUGUCAUGUUGACCGGGAUGGUCACAUUUGGAGGCUCUUCCUUCCUCCAGACUGAGGGUGUCGAUGGGACUCGCUAGUGACGCCUGAUCUCUGCUGCUGCUGCUCAAGUUGGCUGCUGUUGGACACUCAGCUUGGGGGAUGACUUUGCACGGCGUGUCCCAGGACACCUCACAUGGCACGGGGGAAGCGGGGGAGCUGGCACACACCUUAUCUAAAGAGACGCUCGGGUCUCCGGACGCCUCUGAGUUGGGGAGCCCGCGGUGUACACCCAACUUUGACCUCUUCGACAUGGUCGUGUCCUAUAAGAGAAUGGCUCUGUUUCUAGAACCGGCUGCAGAUGCGGUGGAGCUGAUCCGCUACCUGCUUGGAUGGAGGAUGCCGCUGUGCUCUCUGCUUGUCUUUAUGUUCCUCACUGUCUUCUUCUGCACUGUUAAUGAAGUGGGUUGGAUCACAGUGGGGUUGGUGGCUGUGGCGGCGCCUGCUGCCCUCGGUUACCUGCAGGACAGGUGUGGGGGAAGAGCGUCUGAUUCGGAGCUCCACAGGAGGCGCUAUCACGCCGUGCACCGCAGGGACCUGCUGACAGUGCAUCUCACCAAACAGGAAGCCAUGCUGGAAGUCAAAGACCUAUUGAAGCAUCUGGAUGAAAUGCUGUCCUCUGCCUGCCUGUCAGCAGAAACCUUUUACAAGGUCCUGUACUGGGACAAUCACACCAAGUCAUCAAGGUUCUAUGGAGGGAUGUUAAUAUUGGCGUGCCUGCUCUACAUCGCUCCUCUGGGCUGGGUGCUCGCUGUGCUCAACAGCGCCAUCUUCCUGUGGAACAGAGACUUCUGCAGAGUUUUGUUGGACCUUAAGAAUCUGCUCCACAUGGGCCAGACCCAGGCCUCAGAGGGAAAGUGUGAAGAACAGGAACACGGCCACCUGUUGGACAGGACGCCCACACCAACUAGUCUGGAGGUGAGAGGAGACAAUGACCUGUCUCCUGGCAGCGUGGAGGAGGCUGAGGAGGCAGAGCCUGAUGAUGAAUUUAAGGAUGCCAUUGAGGAGGAUGACGACGGGCCUCUUGGAGUUCCCGAGUAUGACACCAUCUCUGAAAAUGGUCUCUUGAGCCGCAACGAACCAAUACGCAGCAAAGUGUCUAAACUGACGGAGAAACUGCGUAAACGCUACCCCACCACCAGCACAGGCAACUGUUCUAGCUGCAAUGCUGUCUUCUCUGUGCUGAAGAAAAGGAGGAGCUGCAGUAACUGUGGCAACAGCUUCUGUUCCCGUUGCUGUUCCUUCAAGGUGCUGAGAUCUUGCAUGGGGGCAACAGCUCCAGAGGCCCAGAGAGAGACCGUGUUUGUUUGUUCUUCCUGUAAUUCCUCUCUCAUCAGGUUGUAAUGAGAUGGCGUGUCAGUCUCGUCUCCCAGUGGUCAGCUGGAGGCCAUUCACUGUUCGCCCCCCCAAAGCCCUCCUCCAAGUUAUUGAAACCCUAAAACAUGCCUUGGCUUUCAAGUUGAGGCACUUAUGUCUGUCAGGAACCGACCCACGCCUUUAGCAGUGGCAUCCCUCCUAAACUUCUCGUGUUGCGUAUGGGACUUCGACUAUAAUAUGUUAAAUAUUUCCUGUUUCAACUCGCACUGAAGAACUGGACCUUGUUAAUCAAUGAGAAUGGCUUCAGAGCACAGUGGCUUCAAAAUCAAAGGACCUGUUCCCUUUGCUGAGCAGAGGGAGGUACAGAACUUGCAGGGUGGAGGCCAGGUUUGGGCUGGUGGUGACCGGUUUAUAGGCUGCAGAUGGUUUUGCUUUUUCAUGCUUUGCCUCGCCACAAAGUGGAAUAUUAAUUUCUUCAGCCCUGUGCAGCAGUUCAAUUCUACUGUUUCGCUGAGAGGACUUUUCUGUACAAAAGAGAGUAAGACUGGCUUGUUGAAUGCGAUGGUGUGAGAAGAGGCUGGCAGUUUGUAUUUGGUUUGUUCAGAUGAACAAAAAUGAUGGAUGUACGACCAAAUUAAGCUCCAUAUUUGAUUUACACUAUGUGUGCAGGCUGGCCAGCUUGGGUUGUUUUGCUGCCCACAUAUACACUUCAACCUGUAGCUGGCCAACAAAGUCAUGUGAUUAGGUCUGGGUUUGUCUAAGUCAUUGGGGAAAAUGUAUUUUUCCCACAAGCUUGAGGAGCUCACAACACAUGAGGGGAAUAGAUGUGACAUGCCAUGAAACAUAGUAACUCUACGGCAGUAAACUGAAAAUGCAUGGCCUGCAAUGAAUUCAAUUUUAGACAAGUUGGCUGUUGAUGGUGUUCUGGAGGACGGUGGACGAGGACUAUUCUACUUAUUCUGAUCAAAUGUGUGCGUCAUUGUGGUCGUCCUUUUUCCUGUGUUGGAGCUGAGCAGCAACCUAUAAGUCAAAAAACUACCGGAGGUCUCUGGAGCCUGUGCUUUUCCCCUAACUGGAUCAAAGUCGACCCAACUGGAUUAUAGUUGAUUUAAAUGGACUGAACAACCAGCUGAAAUCGUCAUCAGAGCCUCACUCUCUUGCAAGCGGGACUUAAAAGAACUGAUGUGGAGGCAUCGUAUCCCAAAAUGUGGAUCAAGUGGUUGUUUUAAACAUCAUUCAGACACAUGAUUGUAAUAGUUUGCUUUGCUUUUAUUGUAAUCCCAUACAAACUGUAACUAUGAACUGUUCUACUAUAUCUAAUAUAUUUAAUUUAAAACUCCAAAAAGUGCAGGUUAUUAUUUGACCUUAAUGAUCAAGUCUGUAUAUGUUGCCCCUAUUUUAUGAAUGAAAUAUGCCACUAUUGAAAUAAACUCAUGGUUGAUGAUUUCAUUAACUCUAAAGUCACAAGUGGUAAGAAUGUUUCUUUUGAGGUUGAGAUCUCCAUCUUGUUCUAGUGUCUUUGCUACAGAAGUAUGAAAAGUUA